UAUCGCGCAUGCGCGCAUCCGAAACGCCCUGCCAGUGCUCUGUGGAGGCUCACCAAGAAUACACACAACAUGCAAAUCUAUUAAAACAUAAAUCAAAAGGCUGGUGGAAACCAUGGGGAACCAGUUUAAAAACGUGGCAGUCAUGGGCUGCCUUAAAACAUUAUUAUUUGUCUUUAGCAUUGUCUUCUGGUUGACAGGCUUGAUUCUUCUAACUAUGGGUUUAUGGGCCCUGUUCGAUAUGCAUAAAUACAUGGACUUGUCAAUGGAAUUCUCCGAUACGGCGCCGUAUGUCUUAAUUGGCAUUGCUGGUCUUAUCAUCCUGAUCAGCUCUACUGCUUUCUCCUGCAUCAUUAAAGGACAACCUGUCCUGCUGUAUAUCUACGGCGGUUUCCUGGCAUGCAUCUUCGUGAUGGACGUGGGUGUGGGAGCAUCAGUUAUGUGCUACCGCGACACCUUCGCCAAAGCCUUGCACGAUGGACUUACAGAGACUCUCACCGCCUACGACCCUCGCAAGGCUAACUUCGACUUUGUGCAGUCAAAUAUGCACUGCUGCGGCGUGAACAACUACACGGACUGGAUGAGGUUGUCGCCACAGCGCGUCAUUCCCAUCUCUUGCUGCCUCGACCCCAACCGCUGCGUUACCGCCAACUACAGCGAUGUCUAUCAGAGGGGAUGUUACGAAAUGAUCCUGGAGUAUUUAGAAAAGAACAGAGAUAUGCUGCUUGGCCUCGCUAUUGGCACUGCUGUACUCCCGCUAGUAGGAGCAAUACUCUCCUGUUGGCUUGCCAGCUACAUAAAAAAGUCCAAAUAUGACGCUAUGAACUAACUCUGCAAAAUAGUCAAGACGAAAGAACUACUUUUCAAACUGUUCUAACGGCAAUACGCAUAUUAGAUAAUCUCAAAGUAUUUAAAAUCUCAAUUUUAUAUAGAGUUUAGGUCCCUUUUCCUGUGACUGAUUUAUACCUGUUACGAAAUUAUAAAACUCAAUUAGGAUGUAAUUGUAUUUACUAGUAUCUAAAUUCUAAUUAUAGCAACACAGUCAGCAUCAAAAUUAACUGAGUGAGUACGUAAACCAAAAUAUCUUAUCACUUCCACUUUCCACUGUAUCUUUCUAAUGUAUAUAUGUAUGAUGCAAACCUCUUGAAUGCGAACUUUUGUUUCAAACUGAAAACAACGGAAAAUGUUCCAAUAAAUAGUUUAUUUAUAUUAAAUGAUUAUAUAUUUUGAGUAUACCAAACAUAUAUGUACCUAUAUAUAAAAAUCAUUGAUUUUUAUUAGGCUGGACUAAUAUUGUCCUUUUUUCUAUGUCAUCCUGACGAAUUUGACCGAAUCAAUCUGACCAAUGGGAUAAAACCCCGUCUGCCAGACCAGUCUAACCACCAAUCUGAUCAACGAGAAACACUGAGGUUGAUUGCUUAUAUUUACUACAUUUUGAAGCUGACUGUUUUUUUUAAUUCUUCUAUUAAUAUUUACAUUGGAAAUAUUAUAUUAUUUUGUAUUAAAUAAAAUUAUUAAAUGUUAACACAAGCAUCCAAAAAUGGUUUAUUAAUUUUACAUAUUAUAUUACUAGCUGGUGGGCACGACUUCGUCUGCGUAGAAUAAGUACUUCAAGUA